GGGUGUGCGGGGCGAGUCGGGGCGGCGCCGCCGGGCCGGGGAAUGCGAGCGAUGCGGCUCGGCCCGGCCCCUCCCCGCGGGCCCCGACACCCCCCCGGUCCCGCUCCGGCAGCAGCUGCGGCUCAUGGCUCCGGGCCGGCGGCAGCGUUUGCUCAACGCGGGCAGGUGCAGCCCACCCUCCCGGACCCCAAGCGCAGGGGCUGGGACCCAGCCCGGGGCACCGACCCUCCUCCGGCUCCCUCUGCCUGGACCCCGGGGCCCCCUCGAGCACCUCCCGGCUGCGACUGGGGGGGGAGGUGCGGGUGUGGGGCGGGGUGGGGGAGGGACGGGGGGCCUGGCUGGGCCCCUGGACCAGCUGCGGGGCCCCCCGGGGCCGCCUGACUCAUCCAUUGCCUCAUCGGUGAGUCACGGGCUCGGCCCGCGGCCGGCGGCCCCUCCCGCUGCCCGCCGGGCCGCACAGCUGCAGCCCCUCCGCACCGAGACCCCGGGCCGGGCGCCCCCUCGGGUCCCGCCCCACCCCCGCCCGCCCUGUUCGGGCUGGCACUGAUCGCGGUCCUGAUCCUGAUCCGGAUCUUUUCCCACGUGGGCCCUAAUCCCCGGGCUAGCUGGGGCGGGGGCAGCCAUGGCCGCGGGGCACAGGACGGUGCUCAUCACUGGCUGCUCCUCGGGCAUCGGCCUGCACCUCGCGGCGCGCCUGGCCGCCGACCCCCGUCAGCGCUUCCAGGUCAUCGCCACGAUGCGGGACGUGGGCCGGCGGGAGCCGCUGGAGAGGGCGGCGGGGGCGGCGCUGGGCCGGACCCUCAGCAUCCGCCGCCUGGACGUGUGCAGCGACGAGUCGGUGGCUGAGUGCCUGCGCGGCCUCCCCGGCGGCCCCGACGUGCUGGGCGUCAUCUUCAAUGACAUCUAUGCGGCCUCCAAGUUCGCUGUGGAGGGCUUCUGUGAGAGCCUGGCCAUACAGCUGCUGCACUUCAACAUCCAUGUGUCCCUAGUGGAGCCCGGCCCAGUGCACACAGCCUUUGAGCAGCAGCUGCUGGACGAGGCCUCGCACCGUGACUUUCCGGACACUGACCCCACCACGCUGGGCGCCUUUCGGGAUGCCUACGUGCCAGCCACCCGCCGCCUCUUCGCCGCCCUGGGCCAGAGCCCUGAGGAUGUAGUUGAGGCCGUGGUGCGGGUGCUGGGGGCUGCCCGCCCGCCCCUCCGCACACAGACGAACCGAGGCUACAAGGUGCUGGUGGCUCUGAAGCGUGUGGACCCCUCGGGGACCCUGUCUGUCCAUGCCUCCCACCACCUGCUCUUCAGCUGCGGCGGCCGCCUCCUUGGCCCUGGCCUCCGCUUCCUCCAGUGUCUCGCCUGUGGCUGCUGCCGACCCCAGGUGGUCCCUGCCUGACCCCAGCUUGCUCUCCUGGCUGCGGUGCUGGGCAGCUCCUUCCCAGCACCAGCCCAGGGAGCCCCCAAUCACUCCUCAGCUGACUCCUGUAUAACUCUUGAUUGAAAGUGACCUAGACCUGCUGACACAAAACCAUCCAUCACCCACAGCAUGCUCCUGCCUCAUGAGCAGCUGCUGGCACCAAAAGCAUUGCCCUCCUGGUGUGUGGCCCCCAUCUUCAGGGUUCCCUGAGCCCAAAACACAGACAACAGCUGCAUCUGUGUUGACCCUGCUCUUUUACUGAGCAGUGAGCCAAAGAUCUUCCUGGAGCUGCUUUGGCUUCUGAUACACUGAGACACCCCCAGCUCACAAUCCAGAGAUCUCCCACUUCUCCAGAACCAGCUCCUCCAUUUUGAGGGUGGCAGAGGGGAGGGGCGGCAAGAUCAAGGCACUCUGUAAACCCAAUAAAACCAGUCCUAGAUUCCA